AUGGAGAAUAUUGUUUUGGAGAUAAGAUUUUUGGCUACUUUGAAGGUUACUACUGCUGCAUGUAGCUUGAGUAAUGAAGCAUGUUUUGAUCUUGGUUUAAGACGAGCUGACCUUCAGUGCACAUGGUGUGAAAAAUUAGCUCAGUUUCAAUUAGAUGAUAUCUUGAAAGAUAGCUGCUUGAGCUGCUGUGGUGAUAUUAAAAGCCUGAAAAGAGCUGUAAAGAAUUUCCUUGUUCUUCAUUCUUUAUGGAAUAUAAAAGUUAUUGAAAAUAUUUCUUUUAUCUUUCAGAAAUAUCCACAAGCUCGUCUUGAAGUGUGUGGAUGAAAAAUAGGUCACUACCCGCAAAUCCAAGCAUUUGUGAAAAGUGACCAACCAAAUAAUUUUCCUGGACUUUCUGUGAAAUAUGUUCGCGGUGCUGAUCCUGUCAUCAAAUUACUUGAUGCUGAUGGUAAUUCACAGGAGGAGUUAAGCAUACAAAAAUGGGAUACUGAUACUGUUAUCGAAUUUUUGAAAGAACAUCUUGAAUAAUCAUACAAAAUUGAAUUAAAUUUUUUUAAUUGUUUGUGUACUUUAUGUGUGAUAUGUUGCUGUGAAUAAAGGUAAAGAAGACAGUAUACUUUGUAAUGUUGCUUGGAUGUACAUUAUAUAAUUCUCAUCUUGCAUUUGAUGAUAGUUAGUCAAGAAACCAUAAUAUUGGUUUGAUUAACUGGAUGCUUGAUGCUGAGAUGACUAAAAAUGUAGAUUCAAGCAGUAUUCAGAAGUGUAGUGCCUUGGACCUUUUUUGCAGAAGCAUAUCUUAUUCUGGCAUUCAAAUGUAUUUAUGUCUGCAGUUGCAUUAUCAAUAAAAUAUUUUUUUAUGCUUAA